CACAAACUGAAAGAGUGGAGUUAUGUGCAUAGCCAUUCACUUCAAAUGUAAACAACCAACAUCAUGCGUCAUUUACGAGUUCUCUAUCACUCGACUGUAAUUCAUUCAGUAGCACGUGUCAGUUUGAUUCACAAGUAUAAAAGGCGAAGAGAUACAUAUCACUGUAUCAUUCGAUAAAUUAUUCAAACGAUCAUUUCUACAUCGAAUUUAACACAAUGAACAGAACAGCUUCCAAAUAUAUACUAACCGAAUCGAGAGCUAGACAGAAUUUCGCCAAAGAAUGUGAAGAUGCCAUCAAUAAACAAAUCAAUGUGGAACUACAGGCUGCUUAUGAUUAUAUGGCAUUCUUCACUUAUUUCGAUCGAGAUGAUGUGUCAUUUCCGAAAGCAGCUGAAUCCUUUCGAAAAGCUUCACAUGAAGAACGUGAACAUGCAGAGAAAUUGGCCAAAUAUCAGAACAAACGUGGUGGUCGUGUUCAAUACAAUGAUAUCAAGUGUCCAACUAAGACAGAAUUCGGUGGUUUGGAGGAUGCGAUGAACACUGCAUUGUCGAUGGAGAAGGCAGUGAAUGAGAUCAUCGUUAACCGACAAUCGAAAAUGAUUAUUUGGUUUUAAAAAUAUAUUUCGAUUUUAUAUUAAUGUUUGUGUAAUCGUUCACAUCACUGACUUUAAAAUACGUGCAAUUCUCAACUGUCGAAUUGACCAUCAUAUUUCGUACAUUACAUUUCUAUCUCUGAGUAGUAAUAUGAAACUUGAAUGUAUCGUAUUAAAUUGACACAUGUGAUAGUUACAUUUUAGUUUGGUUAGUUUCAUAGACAUGGUGAGUCACAAUUCACUGUGAAAAUGAAAUACUAAUCUAUUAAAUGACAACAUGAAAUACACUACAUACAUUGGUUCUAUUGUUUCUUCUCUUUUUACAGUCAUUAUUGAAACUUCAUGAAAUCGCUGUGAAGAACAAUGAUCCAGCACUGACUGAUUUCAUUGAGAGUCAGUAUUUGCAUGAACAAGAAGAUGCAAUCAAACAAUUUGCUGACUAUGUGACAGAGACAGAUCGAGUUGGAAGUGGACUUGGUCAAUAUUUAUUCGACAAGAUCACACUGAAAGAAUAAACACGACUUCAGUUGAACUGUUCAUUCAUUGUUAUGUCGUUCAUGUAUUUCUCUGUAUUGUUUUUAUUAUCAUUAAAUGAGUGAUUCUCAC